GCUUCCAGGAAGUAGCGAGUAAAACUCUGAUGCUUGAGAGCACAGAAGCUCACAAGUGCAUGGGAUGUCACGGACGCCAGGCAGUUUUAGAUUCCACCACCACUCUCUACCAUGAUCAACACUUACCAGACCAGCAUGGCUCCACCGCCGGUGCCUCCGCGCCUCAACAGGUCCCAUCCAGUCCUCAUCCCGGCUCAAAUGACCACGCCGGGCCACAACAAGCCUCUCGUCCGAUUCUUGGUGAUUGUCGUGGUGCUACAUUUACUGCUGUCAGUCGGAGGAUUCAUCUUUCUGUACAACAAUGACCAGGAGAGACAUCCCCCAGCUGCAGGAAAAGCUGCAGCUCUGUCAUCAGAAAAACAAGAAACUUACUACAAAGCCUUGGCAAGAAUGACAGUUGACAGCCGUACAGCUAAAACAUCCACAGGUGGUUAUCUGCAGUGGGACAUGAAGCACUCGGUUCUUAGAAACAUCAACUACUACCAAGACAGUUGGCUGACGGUGCUGCAGUCCGGUGAUUACUACGUCUACUCCAGAGUGACCUUCUCCAAGGGCGACUCGGUGAAGCCACAGGUCAGCAGAGUCAAGCUGAGGAAGAGCAACGGGGAGGUUGGGGAUAUUUUGAUGGAGGCCUACUGUAACCUGGGCGCUCGCUCUGGCAGCGCGUCCAUUCCUCAUAUGUGCACUGCCACACAGGGAGAGGUGGUCACACUAGAGGAGGGAAACCAGCUGAGCGUCUGGAUAGAAAACCUUUCACUGGUGGACUACAGCGACAGAGUCACAGUCUUUGGAAUGUACAAACUGUAGGGACGUCUGUAUGAGCAUGUGUGUGUGUGUGUGUGGACCUCAGCCCAUUUAAACGCCUGGACUUGGAGAUGCAGUGAAUCUGCUUGAGAACACCGUUCAAUACUGCGGAUUGAUCGAUCGUCGUUCUUUUUGUGGAUUUCAGAGCCGAGGCCACAUUCAUGGACUAUAAUUUAUUAAGUGACAAAUAAUUGUGUGUUAUUUUGUGCUUAUAUGCCAGUAUUGUGAAUCACUCUUCUAUAUUUAUUAUGUAUUAUUCCUCUACAAGCUACUCAGGAACCCAAACUUUAGACUGCAAAGUGUACGGCAAAUUUUUUGCUCAUUUGGUUUUACUGUGGUUUGAAAUUUCUAGGACACAAGAACCCACACGAGCAAAUGUGCCGUUUCUCAAGAGGCUCUGCCACAAGAAUCAGUCCCACUCGAGAUGAGUUACCACUUGAGAGGGUUAACUGCCCCGCCCUGCAACACCAAUGUGUAUGUGCAUCAAACUACGAGUUGUUUUCAGUGACACAAAAAGACAGUUUCAAUCGCAAUUGCAAUACAUGUCUGACUUUCUUCGUUGCUGCUUUUUUUUGGUUUCUUAAAGAAACUGCACUUUCUACUUUGGUCAUACAAUUCAUUCAUUUCCAGGCAGCCACUGGUUUACAUUCAUUUUCGUACGCCGUAUGAAGUUAACCAAUAUUAUCCGAUCAUUCUCAGGGGAUUUGAUCGCACAAACGUAUUCUCGACAGUCGGGUAGCAAAACAAAUGAUUAUAGACCCACUUCUGUAAAUAGUCAUGCAAGGUGCAGCCAGUGAUUGCAUAAAAACAAACAAUAAAACCCAACAGGAAAUGUCUGAACUCCCUUCACAUUUUUUUUUAUCAUUAUUAUUAUUAUUGUGUUUUCCUUAACCCAGAUUAAGCAUCGAUCUCUUUUAAAUCUACAACACUGAGAAAUAUAUUCCAAAUCACUGUGACAUCUCAAAUCUUGUCAUGGCUUUUGCAGCCAUUGAUGGAAAUCCAAUCUUCUACGGUUUGCGUGACUAUUAACAUAAGUGGGUCUAGUGCUACUUGACUGGCUGCACUUUUUCCUACAGGUCUGAGUUUGUAACUUCAACCUGCACAGUGACUAAUAAUAAGCCAGUGAGUAAUAAAAUUUAAAUAUAUAUGUAUAAAAAAAAAAAGGUUCUACCCACCCCUCCCGUCCCCUCGCCAUUCAAAUCUAACAAGUGCAAGUUAGAAACCCUAGCACGGAAACUAUGAUUAUCUAUGGAGGUGUGUAUAGAUGCAGAGGCGACACAUUCUCACAGGAUGUCAUCUAUUCUAGUCACUCCUUCCACCCUGUGAAGUCUUCCUGCAACCAAAUCUGAACAACCUACAAAUUCCUGAAGCGCACUUGCUGCAUGGAAAAGCCCAUCACGUUGGGUUUUCCACACUGAACAAAUGCAGAAUACAAGAGACGAUAAACGUGGUGGAUCAAACGUUUUCCGUUCAUCACUUUGCUGAAACAGAUGUCAAAAGGCUAACAACUGCACUUGUUAUACGUAUAUAUAUAUAUAUAUAUAUGUAUAUAUAUAUAUAUUUUUUUUUUAAUAAAAAGAAUGACCAUACCAAACAAAGUACAGAGUGUCUAGAAAAAAAAAAAGAAAAAAAAAAGCAUCACAAUAAUCGCAACAACAAUAAUUGCAUAGAACCUUUGAAAAAAACAAAAACAAUACACACAGUGUGGUCUUGAGACGGGAUGUCACACAGACCACUUGAAUCCGGUGUUCAGCCCCCUCCCCACCAGUAAGUGCUUAAUGAGGCCACUGGGAUUUAAAACUACAGUAUGUGAUAUGUGAACGCAACCUUAAAAAGACAGAAUGAGCAAACAGCCUUUUUUUUUUUGUUUUGAUCUCGACAGCAAAGACGCAGUGAGACAGUCACACGUCUGUACAGGCAGCGGAGAAUGUGGUCGCCCGAG